UUCGUGAAAGUUAUGAUAGAUCCCGUGGCCGGCCAAAACUAUUUUUACGAUGUCGAGGGCAAACUUUUGUUUCCUUUUUAUUGGACCCAGAUGCCUCGGAAAUACGAUGAGUUUCCGGUGGAGAUGUUGACCGAGGAUGAGGUUUCGGCCUUGAACUACUUGAACGACCUACCUCGGGGGAUCCCAGCCCGACUACUUGUGCUUUUGCCCAAAUCUCCUCGGCCUCGUUUUGAUUUGGAUGGUUGGAUGGCUCAACAAGGUCUCAACUUAUCCUAUCGUCAAGCCUUGCGAAAUCGAGCCCUAACGGGGACUUCGGCCGAGGACCACCGCAACGUGGCCAUUGAUCUGGUGCCUGGUACAGUCGACCCAUGUCCUGUUCCCCGUGAUGUUGUGCUCCCGGAUCCAAAUGCCAAAACAAAAAAGGACAAGGGGAAGAGGAAAGCCGAUGAUGGGGCCACAGAUACCCAUCGGGCCAAGCAUCGUCGGGCUGAAAUUCCAUCUACAGAUUUGGCUAUCCCUUCGGCCAUUGUAUCCAAAGAUUUUCUGUCCGAGGAAGUUCGACCGACCCAAAUGAUGUCUUCAGACUUGCUCUUCGUACAGGGUCAUCGAAUGCUUGACUUCGCAGCCCCGUCGGCCUAAUGGGCAAUGGCUUGCGAGUUG